AUGGCAUUGAUGUCUAUGCUGGCGUGCCCAAAGGACUAUACUGGCAAGAAUAUGACAACCGACAACUUAUAUAGAGUGCUUCUUAGCAAUAGAAGUAGUGUAUGUGGUGGCAGUGGGAAAGUCGUGGAUAGUAAACCCAACGACUAUAUAUUCAUAUACUUCUCUGGUCGUGGAUACACUCCUAAAAAGGGUGGAACUCGUCUCGAGAUGCCGUGGAGUGACAUUGAGGCCCCUCGAUUAUUUAAGGUCCUAAAACAGAAAAAAGCGUCUGGUAGUUUCAAAGAGAUCAUUUAUGUUGUUACAGCAUCAGACAUAGAUGAAGGUAGCUUUCCCUGGUACUGUCCACGGUCAUCAGAGAGUCCAUCUCCACCGGAUUAUGACGUAUGCGUGGUGGAUCUGUUCAAUAUAUCUUGGAUGGAGCACAGCGAGUCUCAUGAUCGUAAGGCGAUAACAGUGGGAAGACAAUUUGAGGAGGUGAAGGAAAGAGUUGGCAACCCCUGCAAAGAUGCUACCGCUCAUGCCAUCAAAUUAUCCCCGUAA